AUGGGCUAUACGGCCAAAUCCACGAUCCCCCUCCUGCCGCUUGCGCGCGAUGCAGUCCUGCUUCCGGGCACCACCCUGCGCAUCCCCGUCUCAGGCCGCGCUGAUAUCAGUCUCAUUCUCUCUUCCGCCCUUCGAACACGAAAUCGAACGAUCACCGCAAACAUCCCCAUCGGCUGCGUGCCACUGAACUCGCCCUAUCUGAGCAAUGACGGCAAGGAUCUCAUCGAGAAUGGUCAGAAGGACAACGCAGAGCAAGAGCCAAUACCUGAGCUGCAUCCCAGUAAAGCCAAGAAGGACGACAUCUUCGGCUUUGGUACUCUAGCCAAGAUCAUCGGCGUCCAAGGCACGCCCGGACAAGAAUCAUAUCUCCUGGUAGAAGGCCUCCAACGCUUCAAAAUCGAGACCAUUACACACGAGCGGCCAUACUUCGAGGCUGAGGUUCACUUCUUCGAGGAGGAGACACCCAACACGAACGAUGGCGAUCUACGUGCUUCAUUCACGCGACUCAAGCAGAGGUCUAGAGAACUUCUGACACUGCUGCGUCUCUCGUCUCUCUUCCGCCCAGCCUCAAUGGGUCUCUCGCCACUGGUCGUCCGCCGCUUCGAGCUGUUCAUCGCGAAGAAGGAUCUCUCCCAGGCCGGGGAACUAGCAGAUUUCAUGACCGACAUCGUCGAAGCCAACUUCGAAGACAAGCUACGCAUCCUCAAGACUCUCGACAUCCACGAGCGACUAGAGCGCGUACUGGCCCUGCUAAACAAGCAGAUCAAAGGAAUUAACGGCAAUAUCAAGAUCACAUCGAUCACGACCACAACCAGCCCACCCAACGGCGCAAUCGACAUCAACAACCUCGACCAGAAACAGCGCGAAGCUCUGGCCAGAAGAGCGCUCUCCGGCAUGGGCGCGCCCGGAGGUCCAGGCGCCGGCGACGACGAAGACAACGAAGUCAACGAAGUCGAAGAACUGAAGAAGAAGCUCAACGAAGCCGGCUUGAGCCCCGAAGCACAAAAAGUAUCAGAUCGCGAGAUACGCAGACUCAAGAAGAUGAAUCCCGCCAACGCUGAAUACGGCGUCAUCCGCACAUACCUCGAGAACCUCUCGGAGAUCCCCUGGACAAAGAUGACCGAAGACCAAAUGGGCACCGAAACCCUCAAGCGAGCCCGCAAACAGCUCGACGACGACCACUACGGCCUCGAAAAAGUCAAGAAGCGCCUCCUCGAAUACCUCGCGGUUCUUAAGCUCAAACAGUCCGUCAACGCCGAUAUCGACCAACAGAUCACCCGCCUAACCCAACAACUCACACCCCGCGAACCAGACUCGAAGAAAGACGACGACAACGCCGCCGUCGAGCAGUCCGAACCACAGAUCCCGGACGCCGAGCGCGACGCCGCAACAGCUAAACUCCACGUCCUCAAAUCCAAACGCAUGAUCGACAAAUCCCCCAUCCUCCUCCUCGUCGGCCCACCGGGCGUCGGCAAAACGUCCCUCGCCAAAUCAAUCGCCUUAUCGCUCGGCCGCAAAUUCCACCGCAUCUCCCUCGGCGGCGUGCGCGACGAAGCCGAAAUCCGCGGGCACCGCAGGACCUACGUCGCCGCUAUGCCCGGCUUGAUCGUUUCGGGACUCAAAAAAGUCGGCGUUGCGAACCCAGUCUUCCUGCUCGACGAAAUCGACAAGAUCUCGAGUUCCAAUUUCCACGGCGAUCCGUCCGCUGCUAUGUUGGAGGUAUUGGAUCCGGAGCAGAAUCACUCGUUUAAUGAUCACUACCUCAACAUCCCGCUGGAUCUGUCCAAGCUGCCGGGGUAUACCACGAUCGAGAAACGACAUAUCGCCAAGAACCACCUCAUCCCAAAACAGAUCCGUACCAAUGGUCUCGCGGACGGACAGGUCACCUUUACGGACCCUGUCGUCGACGCUGUUAUUACGGGCUACACGCGCGAAGCGGGCGUGCGCAAUCUCGAGCGCGAGUUGGGGAGUGUUUGUCGCGCUAAGGCUGUGCAGUAUGCUGAUUCGCGGGACGCCGCUGCUGCGUCUGAUACUGCCUCUGCUGCUACAAUCUACGAUCCCGAGGUCAAGUUAUCCGAGUUAGAAGACAUCCUCGGAAUCGAGCGCUUCGAAGAAGAAAUCGCCUCCUCCACUCUCCUCCGGCCCGGCACGGUCACAGGCCUCGUCGCGUACUCCUCGGGAGGCCAAGGCAGCAUCCUCUUCAUCGAAGUGCUCGACAUGCCCGGCAAAGGCCGCGUCCAGCUGACAGGCAAAUUAGGCGAUGUCCUGAAGGAGAGCGUCGAGGUGGCGCUAACCUGGGUCAAGUCACAUGCGUAUGAGCUGGGCCUUACGACAGACCCGAACGAGGACAUCAUGGAGAAGCGCGCGAUCCAUGUUCACUGUCCUGCCGGCGCAGUGCCUAAGGAUGGGCCGAGUGCUGGGCUCGCGCAUACCGUUGCGCUUAUAAGUUUGUUUAGUGGGAAGGGUGUGCCGCCUGAGCUUGCUAUGACUGGUGAAGUGAGUCUUAGGGGGAAGGUCAUGCCUGUUGGUGGGAUCAAAGAGAAGUUGAUCGGUGCGCACCGGGCGGGUGUGAAGAAGGUGUUGUUGCCGAAUGGGAAUCGCAAGGAUGUGCGGGAUGUGCCUAGGGAGGUGAAGGAUGAGCUUGAGAUUGUGCAUGUGAAGCAUGUCUACGAAGCGCUCCGCCAUAUCUGGCCAGAGAGCGAGUGGGCGAGUGAUCGGUACUGGACGAAGGUCGAGAGUCGGCUGUAG